AUGGUACUGAAGACGGGCCUGGAGAUACCCACGAUGAUGAUGACUGAAGCUGGCGAGCGAAAUGUGCGCAUUCUUCUCGUGGGUGAAAGGGGCGUCGGCAAGACGUCCAUGAUCUACUCGCUCGUCUUUGAGGAGUUCUACGAGCAGGUGCCGCCAAAGUGCGAGGAGAUCACCAUUCCGCCGGAGGUGACGCCGGUGCACAUCCCCACCGAGAUCGUCGACUACUCGGCGCAAGAGCAAACGGAAAAGGAGUUGGUCGAGGAGGUGAAGAAGGCCAGUGUGAUAUGCAUAGUCUACUCGGUUGACAAUGAGGUCUCCAUUGAUAAGAUUUCUUCUUACUGGUUGCCAUACAUUCACCAGACGCUGGGCGAAGACCACGACACGCCGGUUAUUCUGGUGGGAAACAAGUCAGACCUGGUGGAGUACACCUCCAUCGACUCGGUGCUGCCACUGAUGAACCAGUACAAGGAGAUUGAGAUUUGCGUCGAGUGUUCAGCAAAAAAGCUCGACAACCUCUCGGAGAUCUUCUACUACGCCCAGAAGACGGUCCUCUACCCGGUGACGCCCAUCUACUACCCCGAGGAGAGAGAUCUCUCCGAGAGUUGCAAGGUGGCGCUGAAGCGCGUCUUCAAGCUCUGUGAUCUGGACAACGACGGCGUGCUGAACGACUUUGAGCUUAACCAGUUUCAGACCUUCUGCUUCGGCUCCUUCCUCCUCAGUCAGACGCUGGACGAGGUGAAGUACAUCCUCAAGAGCAUCAUCCCCGAUGGGGUCUUCGACAACGGCAUCACCCUCUCCGGCUUUCUCUUCCUCCUCACCUUCUUCAUCCAACGGGGCCGCCACGAGCUGAUCUGGAUCGUCCUGCGCAAGUUUGGCUACAACAACUCGGUCGGCUUCACCGAGGAGUACCUCCACCCGGAGAUCGCCGUCCCGCGAGGGUCGACGGUGGAGCUCAGCCCGAAGGGGUACUCCUUCUUCACCGCCCUCUUUGAGAAGUUCGACAAGGAUGGGGAUGGGGCGUUGUGUCCGGCGGAGCUCUCCGCCCUCUUCUCCAUCUGCGACGCGCCGCCGAGGUGGGCGGCGGCGGACUACACCUCCGUGGUGGCCACCACUGAGAAGGGCUGGCUGACGCUGCAGGGAUUUCUCUCCAUUUGGGCACUGACCACCUCCAUCGAGCUGAAGGAGACGCUCAAGUACCUCGCACAGUUCGGCUACAUGGCCACCUCGGGCGAGAAGAACCAGAUAUCGGCGCUCUAUGUGACCAAGGACAAGCGCAUCGACCUGAGCGAGAAGCAGACCUCGCGGAACGUCUUCUUCUGUCGGCUGAUUGGCCCGCGCAACGCCGGCAAGAGCUCCUUCAUGAGGCGGUUCAUCGGCAAGACGGGCCCUAUCAGCAACUCCAAUCACAACCAGUCCUCCUCCAGUGAUAGUAUUUACAAUAGCUACGUUAUCAAUAGUAUUCCGGUGUACGGCCAGAAGAAGUACCUCAUUAUCAAAGAACUGGACAUUCUCAAUGUGAAUAUCCCGCUGAUCGACCCGGAGCUCUUCUGCGACGUCUCCUGUCUGAUGUUCGACCAGUCCGACCCGCGGUCAUUUGAGUGCGUGGCACAUAUCUACACGAACAACUUUCAGCGGACAAAGCUGCCCAUCCUCUUCGUCGCCUCCAAGGGGGACCAGCCGGCGGUGCGCCAGUCCACCGAGCUGCAGCCGGAGGAGUUCUGCGCCGCGCACAAGCUGACGCCGCUGCACAAGUUCAGCUCGCUGGUGGGCGGCGGCGGCGGCGGUGGCGGUGGUGGUGGUUCCGGGCGCGAGCGCGAGACGAAGGAGAACAUGGAGGUCUUCGAGAAGCUGGCCACCAUGGCCGCCUACCCCAACCUCAACCGGCUGGUGCACCUGCUGCUGAUGAAGCCGAGCAGCUCGUGGAUGGCGCAGAAUAUGAAGUGA